AUGGCGACCGUUCCCCCCCCUCCAAGCAAGAGGCAAAAGACUGAUGCUCUUAUGAAGGCAAGAGCACAGCAAGAGAUAAAAGAGAUACCUGCCGACGCUCCGAAUCUUCUUAUUCAAUUUUUAAACAGAAUUACAGGUGAACCGAUUGGAGAUGGCCCAAUAUUUGUACCAGUAGCCAAUACAGAUCGUAAGAGUCUUAACCUAUUAGUUAAUAAACUUAUGAACUCGAGCGAAAACAUAUCUUACACAUACGAUAUUGAGAUCAGCGAGAAGGGGGCGAAAGAAAAAAAAAUCAUACCAUUACCUGCGGAUGUUUACCAUACUCUAAUGGCACCGGGAGCUGUUCGCGAGGAGGGACACCGUGCUGUGGGUGUAGCCCCAGAAGCGGUUUUCAGAGUUCAGGCAGUCUCGAGAUGUGCUUCUACGAUUCUCGGUCAUGAUCAGGCUAUUCUAGCUACUCAGUUUUCUCCUAGAUCCUCCUCAAGAAUGGCUAGUGGCAGUGGAGACAAUACUGCGCGUAUUUGGGAUUGUGAUACAGGAACUCCUGUACACACUCUAAAGGGACAUAAAAGUUGGGUUUUGGUCGUUAGUUGGUCGCCAGACGAAUCGAGACUCGCGACGGGAAGUUAUGAUACUACUGUCAGGAUGUGGGACCCUAAGACUGGGAAGCAAUGUGGCAAACCGAUGACGGGCCAUACAAACUGGGUUACGAGUUUGGCAUGGGAACCGUAUCAUGUUCAGAAACCCGGUCAGCCUAGACUGGCUUCAGCUUCAAAAGACGCCACUGUUAGAGUGUGGUCGACCAAUCAACAGAAAAUUGAAUUGGUUCUAAGUGGUCAUAAAGGCACAGUGUCGUGUGUCAAGUGGGGAGGAACUGGAUUCAUCUAUACCGCAUCUCACGACAAAUCCGUCAAAGUGUGGAAUGCCGAAGACGGAACUCUCGCGCACUCCCUUAAUGCUCACGCGCAUUGGGUCAAUCAUCUCGCCUUAUCCACAGAAUUUGUCAUGCGAACAGCGUAUCAUGACCACACUGGCAAGAUCCCAGCGACCGACGAAGAAAAGGUCAAAAAGGCCAAGGAACGUUUUCUCAAAGCCUCCGAAAUUGAAGGCGAGAUCGUGGAACGCCUCGUCUCAGCUAGCGAUGACUUCACCAUGUAUCUCUGGGACCCAGCCAAGCAAAAAAAACCAGUAGCACAAAUGCUAGGUCAUCAGAAACAAGUAAACCAUGUAGCGUUCUCCCCCAAUGGACGAUUUAUCGCAUCAUCUGGUUUCGACAACCAUACGAAAAUCUGGAACGCCCGCGAUGGAAAAUUCAUAAGUACGUUGUUAGGCCAUGUAGGCCCUGUCUACCAAUGUGCUUUUAGUCCAGAUUCGAGAUUAUUGGUGACAGCAGGCAAAGAUACCACGUUGAAGGUGUGGGAUAUGAGAACAUACAAGCUAGCCAAAGACUUGCCUGGCCACAAAGACGAAGUCUGGGCCGUAGACUGGAGCCCCGACGGGGAUAAAGUAGGAAGUGGUGAGUUUUGA